AUGAGAGCACAGCUGCAGGGUUACGCCAUGAGAGCCAGCCCAUCCCGAGCGAGCAUUCACGGCCCGGAGUACGUUAAGGCUGGCAGUACCAUCAACCUCACCUGCGUCAUAAACCAACCGCACAUGCAAGGACUCGUUCACUGGUACCAUAACGGAAACAUCCUUGACUACGAAGGCCCCGUGUCCAUUGCGACCCGCGGCGACCACAUGAGCACCGUGUCUCACCUCACCAUCAAGGAAGCCACGCCCAAGCACUCGGGGAACUACACCUGCUGGCCGACGUCUGCCCACUGGGAUUCUAUUCUUAUCAACGUUGUUGUGGAAGGUGAACAACCGGCUGCGAUGCAGACGGGCGUGGGCGUGGCCCCGUCCGCCGGGAUUCUCACGCCCAUACUGCUCCCACUCCUUCUUCACGCCCUCAGCAACGCCCUCGUUGACCCACUGGCGCUCAGAUGAUGAAAUUGCCUGCGCCAUGACCUCCCUCGGAGUGGAUGAUGUGUGUUGCUUGUGAUAUUACUAAAUAGCCACGUAUUCUAGCUUAAGCAGCGAGCGCAACGCGGGCGGCGCCGCCACAGCGAGCCGAAACGCUCCCACGCCAAGCGCGGGCGUAGGCGAUGCGGCGUCGGGCAUGGCGAGCCGAGCACUGCGGCGCCAUGCACGGGAGCUAAUCUGGCGCCAUCUACAGCAGUGUGGUCUCGGUGGUGCCAUGCUCGCCAAAAGGAUAUGAAAGAGUGUUAAACUGUCAAACGGCAAUGACAAUAUUUGUACCAGAUAACUCCGACGAUGCACAGAGUCGCGCUACAAGCAGUUCCGAGACAAGUGCACGAAAGGAAAUACCAAAGACGAGAAAUUUAUCAUUCCAAUACUUGAACACUGAAAGAAAGCUAUGAUGACUCCCUGUUUUAUAUGUGAAUCCUCUGUGCUGCCGUGAAGACAUACAAACGGUAAUAUUUGAAUCCAAGUGUUUGUCGCCAAUUGCGGUUCUAGUAUAGCGUCUCUCAAGGAAUAUUUUACUCUUUGCCAAUCAUCUGAUAAAAAAGAUGUUGCCAUCUGCCUUGAGCACAAUCGGAGAGUAAGAACAAAAAGUUUAGAAUUAAAUGAAGAAAAUCAUAGUGUGCUGUCUAGAGCAUUGUUAACUAAUCAUUUUUUUCAAUAUAUAUUUUUUGAUGUGUGCACUAUUAGCCACAUGUCUUGAUGUGGUUAUUUGUCAAAAAAAUGAUUUUUAAAAAAUCCGUAAAAAAUAUACAAGGCAGAAAAUUUGGAACACUGUAAAUUAGGUAGCUGUAUAGUAGCAUUUUCAAAGCAGCAGUGACUAAACCAUCUUGCAGACAGCCAGCUAUUUCGAAACAGGACUAUCAGAUAUGGUAAAAUGAUGGAAACACUCGUUGAGAAGUGAAAAAAAAAAACUAAAACACACGAACAAAUAUUUUUGACAAAGUUGCAUCACUACACAAGUUUAACAUCUUUGUUUAUAAGCGAAGUGAAAAGAUGAAUAAAGUACCUCGAACAUGUAUUACGUAGAAGCACAAACUCUUAACCACAUGAUCAAAACAUCUCUGCGAACAACAUCAGUGUAAUGCAAACACGAUUAAACUCCAAGAACUCCCUCGUGCCUGGAAUAUAUAUAACAGAAAAAUAAAACAGAAAAUAUACACCAACACACAGACAAUCAGGUCAAGCUAGAAUGAACGAGUAACCAGGAAAAGAGUAAGAGUUCUAAAAAGAGCGAGCUGUGCUUGGAAUAUAUAACACUAUAAGCGAGAGUGAGAAGGAAAAAAAUAAAAAUAAAACAGAAAACAUGCUACAACACACAAACAAUCAGAAGUCAAGAAAGAAUGAACGAGUAGCCAGGAAAGGAGUGAGAGUUCUAAAAAGAGCCAGCUGUCUGGAUGAUGAAACUAUAUAGUCUACCACUGUCCUUUGUUCUUGUCACUGAUACCUGUCAGGUUGCAGCCAUAGAGGGCAGGGUUGCUUGCACAGGAUCACCCGUCUUAUGUGUCUGUGUGUAAUAUAUAUUUUUGAAUGUCAGGAAGAACCAAGAAAAUAAAGGAAGAAAAAUGAAUAAUAAUAAAAAAACACGGAUACAAUUUUGCUAUUGUGUGAAAAGGUUAUUGUAAUAUAUUAAU